AUGGGGAGGGGUAAGAUUGAGAUCAAGAGGAUUGAGAAUUCAAGCAACAGGCAGGUGACCUAUUCUAAGAGAAAGAAUGGGAUCAUCAAGAAGGCUAAGGAAAUCACAGUUCUUUGUGAUGCUAAAGUUUCUCUUAUUAUCAUUUCUAGUUCUGGGAAAAUGUCUGAGUAUUGCAGCGGCUCUCAAGAAACGAUGAUGGAAAUUGUAGAUAGAUACCAUUCACAAAAUCAGCAGAGGUUGUGGGAUGAGAAGCAUGAGAACAUCUCCAAUGAAAUUGAUAGAUACAAGAAAGAAAAUGACGGCAUGCAAGUCUACAAGAGGCAUCUGAAUGGGGAGGACAUAAAUUCUUUGAACCACAGCGAGCUGGGGGACUUGGAGGACUCACUCGAGAAUGGCCUCACUAGUAUCAGAAACAAAAAGGCAAGCGAGGUAUUGCAGAGGCAGAGAGACAGUACCAAAGCUGCGGAGGACGAGAAUGAGCGCCUCAAUUAUGAGCUGCACAAACAGACGAUAAAGCCUGAAGAGAACUUGAGGGACAUAGAGUUGCACCAAAGGAUGUCCCAGAUGUCUUUCUUUCGAGUCCAGCCAAUUCAGCCUAAUCUCCAUGAAGACCAUGAAAGAGAAUGA